AUGGCGGUCCUCAUAUCCUCCGUUGCCUCCAAAGCCUUGGCGCUCUACACUCCGGGGAUUUCUCGGCAUCGAAGGAGCACAGUUUCAUUUGCAUCGUCUCAUCGCCCGCGGAUCCUUGCCAUGAACUUCUGGGGCGCCAACCAUAACCUGCCGAUCAGGAGAGCAACACAAAUCCCUGCAGCUGUUCCAGGCCCAGAAAGUUUGCCAAGAGUAAAUCUCCCUAUGUCCAACAUGCCUUCAUGGCUAUGUGGUUCUCUCAGGAUGACCUUGGUCGUUGGUGCAGUCCUUGUUGCGAUACCUAUUUACAGAAAGAUAAGAGCAUUGGAAGAUAAGGUGGAGAAGACGGCAGAGGUGGCGGUCGAGGUAAUGGACACGGUGGCCGAAGCUGCCGAGAAAGUCGCCGGCGAGGUGGCCGAGGCGUUCCCCGAAAAUGAAGGCCUCAAGGAGGCAGCGUCCAGGAUCAAGACCGUCGCCGAUGCGAUCGAGGAGGAUGCCGAGUUAGCCGAGGCCCUAAUCCAUAAGGUUGAUGAGUUAACGAAAGAGAUGGAUUCCGUGGUCGGUCCUAUCAUCGACGUGGUCAUAAAGGAGAGUGGAGAAAGAGGAGUCGUAGAUGAAGAACCCAAGAGUAAAGAAUCGGACAACAUAUAA